UCAUGAGAACUGGGGGUUCAAAUGGUUAAGAUUGAUCAGCAGCUUUUCCAAACCCGAAGUCAAGUCUAUGACCAAAUCACUUGGUACAGCGUUUCCAGAAGCGCUUAGCUUUACAACAAACGAAUUUUCCCUCACUGGAAGUUUAUGAUACACCCUCGAUUUGGAUUAUAUUUUCAAGAUGUUGCUCAUACAUUGAUGGACUGGCGUUCUGGUGUUGUUUUCUCGUGUCGUGGCUUUUGUAUUAAAAUACAAUUCUGUUCGGCAUCCUUGCCUUAAACAAGACACACUCCAAUUUGUGGCUGGAAUUUGCAGGCCUUUCGCAAAACUGGCGGCCUCCGAAGUAGAGAGUAUGAACUCAAAUAACAAACUAAAAAGGAAGAAGAAAACUCACGGGCCUGGCAAUCCGUCAAAGAGACAUAGGGAUCGCCUAAAUGCAGAGUUGGAUAACUUGGCUCGAUUGUUGCCCUUUCCCGAAGAAACCGUAACGAAGCUGGAUAAAAUCUCAAUUCUUCGACUAACAGUAAGCUAUCUUAGGGCGAAGAGUUUCUUCCAAGUAAAUGGUAAAAAUGGCCAGGAAGAGACCUGUGAAGAUCUUGUUAGAGAAUUUGAAGGCAAUGGUUUAUUUUCACAAUUAUCUCUUGAGGCUUUAGAUGGUUUCAUUGUCGUUAUUACACAAGAGGGACAACUUUUUUACGUGUCUGAAAAUGUUCGAGAUUUUCUUGGUUAUUCACAGGCAGCCGUUAUACACCAAAGCAUGUUCAAGUUCUUACAUAUAGACGAUCAAGACAUGGUUAAAUUAAAGUUAGCCUGGCCUAAUAAUAUUUCUAAAGAUACCAAGAUCGAUAAAGAAAUACCAAGACGACGAGACUCCACGUCUGGUAAACCUACUGAGAAUGGCAAAUCAGACCUCAGCGAACUCGAGAAACUCAAUCGGUCAUUUACCUGUCGAAUGAAGUGUACUUUGAAUCACGGUGGAGGCUUUUACAAGCUUUUCAGACUCAGCGGUCGCCUUCGCGCCAUCCAGACCCGAAAGCGAGACAAUGACGUCGUAGAAUACGGACUUUUCGCCAUCUGCUCCCCUGCUUACGACUCCAAUAAUGGUUCUUCUGGUUCGUCGGUUAAAAAAGAAGUCGCACUAGCAGCACAUAAGAGAUUAGAAAGAACUAACAGUGACCCACUGGGAAACAGGCGUAGUGUUUAUCCAAGUCAUAGUAUGAUGCGAACAGCUCACGUCGGACCGUUUCUCUACCCUAAUUCACGUCCUCCAUUGAGCCCCUUAGCCUCGCCUACUGCGUCAUCAGAUUCUGGCCAUCCUCCUGUAUCCAAUAACAUUAAACCCACUCUCUCUGAUCAGGAGAUGCAAAGUGACAUCAGUGAUCUGUCCAACUCCUCCAAGUCUAGUUUUGAGACCGAAUCUCGUGUGCAGGACCGUGUGUAUGGGGCAGCCAAUCAGAACAGGAUGCAUAAUAUGAUCCGAAAUGAACAGAAAACAAAACCAUCCCAAAUCGACACUGAUGAAUCUCCCAUGAGAAAGCGAUCCCGAAGCCUUGCUGAUGCUUCCGAAAUCCACCCGAGUGAGUACGAAGCCUUUCGGAAGAAUCAUCCGUUUGGCUUCGGAAACGCGAACCAUCUUCCGUCAAUAGCAGAAGUUAAGAAUGAAGGGAAAACCGAGACAGCGAAUGAAAAUGUCAAGGCAAACUCUGAAGACCAAAACACUAAGGAAGAUGGGUUGCUAAGGAGACCACUCGGUAACUUUGACAGCAGGCUGGAUGCUGCAAGAGGGCUCAUGAAUCUUGGCGGUAUGCAUCUACCUCUACCGUCUAUGUACCCAUUUCCAGAGUUUAUGUACCCUGAUGUGAUGUUCCCGCGUUUUGAUGGUUUGUCCAAUCCUCUUGAUGUUUCUCCUAUUCGCAACCCUUUUGAUGUGCACAACCCGUGUUGUCUUCCCCGCGAACAAUACAGUCAACUUGCCAUGCGCAGAUGGCUUAGUGCUUCGGAAAUGCUUCGGACAGCCAUGAAUCCUCUUCUGGCAGCACAGACAGCCAUGAUGUCGCCUGUGGAAAGAAUGCGCCUCUUUCAAAUGCAGUUUCCAUUUGGAUUCCCGUUUCCAGGACAUGCCCCCUUUGAAUUUCCAGGAGGUUUGAACGAGAGGCAUCUGGCUGAGCAAAGGCAAACUCCAAAUCGCGCUGAUGGGGAAAGCUCCUCGUUGCCUCACACAAAUCCGUUCAAGGAAAUCCCCGUUGGCGGUAGUAAACAAGAAGAUGAAAAACGUCCUUCUCCCAAAGGUUCUCCGACGUCAGGAAACACAAGUGACCAAGAACUUAAUGUAGUCAAGGUAGAGAAAGAAGAAAAUGAAGAGAAGACUUUCUGUGGGAAAGAAAACAGCGAUGAACCACAAGGUCCCGUCCGCAGCGACACCAAAACCACCAGCAAGAGCCACUGCCCUGUGGAUCAGAACAACGAGAUGAACGACUCCAAUUCUCAAUUUCGGGUCAACUUCAAAGGCAUUCAAGCCGAGUUUAGCAAUCGUCUGGAAAGCCUUGAUAGGUCAUUCACUGAGUCAUUAGGAGGCUUUGGUCCUAAAGAUAAGUAAUAGUAGCUUUCUCUUGAUGGGAAAAUGUAGUCAAUUUGAAUGUCAUGUGAUGUGUUUAUUUGUGAUAGCUCAAUAUUUUAGUAUGCUGUAAGAGUAGAUUUAGAUAAUGGUAGAUUUAGAAGUAUAGUAACGCGCACCUUUGAGGAUAGGAUUAGUGUCUUAAAUUAGUAGACACAGCAAGUUUGUGUCGUAUUUACUGUAUGACAAUAAGACAAAUUGCUACCAAAUUCAGUUUCGGAUAUGAAAGAUCGAGUUUUCAUCGAUGGGAAUGAGCUGAUGUCGAUCGUAAGUCUUGAUGCAUUUUGAAAACGUCGCAGACUAAGAAAUGUAUCCCCGAUAUUUAGAAUACGGGCGGAGGAAGACCUAAAUGCUCGUAAUGCUUUAGCAAUCAAGCUCACUCCACGACGGUGAUUAUUCAAUAUGGUAGCUAUUUCACAACCCUCUAGGUGCUCAGUAGUUCUUAGAUUGAGUAUUUUUUUUAACACGAAAAGAAAAAAUACCCAGCAAGGGUACUUUUACCGCAUGUACUUCUUAAACCAGCUCGGAAGCCGGGACAAAAAAAAAGACGAUUUUUCAGCAUGGCAAAUGUUCUUCCUAGGCGGGUGAAUUUGAACAAUGUCAUGUGAUAAAAGUAAACCGUUAACAAAAAAGGCUUUUAUGGACAGCCUCUAAACUAGCCGCGCCAUGAUUUCAAAAUGGCGUGCUUCAGGUUCGUUUCUCGGAUCACAGGUAGCCCAAGCUUGGUUUCUGUGGUGUCCUGUUAUAAGGAAAUGUAUG